AUGCAUUGUACAGGGAAAAGGGAGACUCUAUAUGAGUAUUGGGAGCAGUUUCGCAAGCUCCUUGACUCAUGUCCCAACCGCAUAAUUGAUACUCAAGUUUUGCUUAGCUAUAUAUGCCAAGGAAUGAGAGAACAAGACAAGAAUUUAUUGGAUGCAUCAAGCAACGGUUCUUUGUCAAAGUAUCGGAUGGCGGAGGAAACAUGGCAACUCAUUACCGACUUGGCCGAAUCCACUCAACAUGCUAGACAGAGAAUCAACCGCCCAAAGGCCAUAAAUGAAGUCUCCACUAGUAGUGAGACCGCUGCUCUUGUUAAAUACUUGGGUGAGAUGACAAAUAUUCUAAAACAACUCCAACUUGGUCAACAACAACCUCAACCUCCACCACCUCCUCAACAACAUAGUCAACAAUUGGAGGAAAUUGAGAUAGAAGAAGUUAAUAAGGAAGAAGAUGCACAAGUGGUAGUUGAAGAUGAAGUCUCUCAACCAACAAAUGAAGUCUACAAAGAUGAGAAGGCCUUGGAAGAAGAAAUUUCUCAACCAAUCCCAUUUCUGACAUUAGCAAGGAAAGCUAGGAAGCGUGUAGGACUUGACCCCAAAAUGGUGGAGAUGUUCAAGAAAGUUGAGGUAACUAUAUCUCUCUUUGACGUUAUCCAUCAAGUACCUAAGUAUGCAAAGUUUCUUAAGGAUUUAUGUCUGAACAAAGAUAGAAUCCAUGAGUUAGAAACUAUUCCAUUGGGGAGUUCUAUUUCGGCUUUGAUGGGAGCAUUGCCCGAGAAAUGUGAUGAUCCGGGCCCAUGCAUGGUUACUUAUACCAUAGAUAGAGUUCAAUUCCUUGAUUGUUUGGUAUUUCCAAUCGAUUUUUAUGUCCUUGAGAUGCCAUCAAGUGAAUCCGAGAGGACAUCAUCUAUCCUACUUGGGAGGCCAUUUUCGAGGACCUCUAGAUUCAAGUUGGAUGCCUAUUCGGGAACCUACUCGUUUGAGAUAGAUGGGAGAGUCGUGAGUUUUAGCUUAGAAGAAGCCAUGAAGCACCCCCCGGAGAACCAUUCCAUAUUCCGGUGUAACCUAAUUGACAACAUUGUGGCCGAAGUGCAUUAUGCAAUGUUAGAUGAGAAGCAUAUGAUUGAAGAAAUAAGCGAUGACCCAAGUGAAAUGAACACGUUACCCCAUCCGAAUCCUCCUGAAGUUCAAGUGUCAAGUCAAGACUAA